AGUAAUAGAGGAGAAGAGGCAGGAUUGAAAACACAGGGAGAGUGAAACCCUGAAACCCUCGAAGCCUGUCCCUCUUUCUUGGUUCGACGAUCCGUCGGGUUCUUCUUCUCCGUUUUGCUUAUUGUUACCUGCGCAGGUGCAGUGUGUCAUCCUUAAUUCCUGCCACUUCUGAUCAUGCUUCCUGGUCAAUAUCAUUUGAAACCAUUCAGUGCGGUUGUGCUGGUUUAUUUUUUUCACAUGUGAUUGUGCUCCAGAAUCAUCCAUAUCUUGGAUUUGUUCACUUUGAAGCAGAUCGAUUAGACUUGGGCAUUAGAAGUUGAGGAAAAUUGAUAGGCACUAGGUUUUGUGUUGUUGGGUAAAUCUGACAUAUGGGUGUGAUGGACACUCAUCAUAGAAAUUAUCUCCGAAUUUGCUACUCAACAGAUCUUGUUGAUGGACAACCUAUGUAUGUUUCUUCAAAUUGUCUGCCUGUUAAGGCUGCAAAUUUUGAACCAGCUGGCCAUUCAUUUCAUGCUGCUGUACUUAGAAUACUUGGUUUCUAUGAAGAUGAAGAAGCAGAAACUGAUGAUCCAAGUUUGUCAAGUGAAAAAGGUCAAGAUCAUAAACCCUCAGAAUUUUAUAGUGGUAAAAGUAAGAGGAAGAUGGGUGCUGAAGGUAAGCAGCAAGAUCAUUAUGCUCUUCUGGGUUUGAGUCAUUUGAGGUUUUUAGCUACGGAGGAUCAAAUCCGUAAAAGUUACCGUGAAACUGCAUUGAAGUAUCACCCAGACAAACAGGCUGCACUCAUUCUUGCUGAGGAAACCGAAGCAGCAAAGCAAGCAAAAAAAGAUGAGAUAGAAAACCAUUUCAAGGCUAUUCAAGAAGCUUAUGAGGUUCUGAUUGAUCCAGUCAAGAGGCGUAUUUAUGAUUCCACGGAUGAAUUUGAUGAUGAAAUUCCUGCUGAAUGUGCACCAUCAGACUUCUUCAAAGUGUAUGGUCCAGUUUUUAUGAGGAAUGCUCGGUGGUCUGUUUUUCAACCAGUUCCUUCCCUAGGUGAUGAUGGCACACCAGUAAGUGCCGUUGACAAUUUUUAUAAUUUUUGGUAUAGCUUUAAGAGUUGGAGGGAAUUUCCGCAUGCAGAUGAAUUUGAUUUAGAGCAAGCCGAGUCCCGUGACCACAAAAGAUGGAUGGAGAGGCAGAAUGCUAAACUCACUGAGAAAGCUAGAAAGGAAGAAUAUGCACGCAUAAGAACACUUGUGGACAAUGCAUAUAAGAGGGAUCCUCGAAUACUUAGAAGAAAGGAAGAGGAGAAGGCAGAAAAACAGAGGAGAAAGGAGGCCAAGUUGCUGGCCAGGAAGUUGCAGGAGGAGAAGGCUGUAAGAUGUGCUGAGGAGGAAAAACAGCAAAAAGAGGAGUUAGAAAGAAAAGCAGCUGAAGCUGCAUUGAAUCAAAAGAAGCAAAAGGAAAAGGAGAAGAAGCUCUUGCGGAAAGAGAGGACCCGUUUGCGAACACUUGCUACACCAGUUGUAUCUAAUAAUAUGAUGGGUUUGUCAGAGAGUGAUAUUGAGAGCUUGUGCAUGUCGCUUGAGAUGAAUCAGUUGAGGCAUUUGUGUAAUGACCUUGAGCAGAAGGUUGGCAUUGAUCAAGCAAAACUUCUGAAGGAUGCACUGCGAGGUGAUAAUGUAAAUGAAGGAACCAUGUCACAAGAGAAUGGUUCUGUUGGACCUGAGUCAUCUAGCAACGCAGCUAUUCCACCAGUUGCAUGUGAUGGUCUAUUGUGCAGCUAUGAGAAGAAAGAGAAACCUUGGAGCAGAGAUGAGGUUGAGCUAUUGAGGAAAGGGAUGCAGAAAUACCCAAAGGGAACAUCUCGGAGGUGGGAAGUUAUCUCUGAGUACAUAGCUACUGGUAGAUCAGUGGAAGAGAUUCUGAAGGCCACAAAGACAGUCCUUCUCCAGAAGCCUGACUCUGCGAAGGCUUUCGAGUCAUUUUUGGAGAAGAGGAAACCUGCACAGACAAUUGCGUCACCUCUAACAACUAGAGAUGAGUCUGAGUCUGUGCCUGCUGUUAACAUUGAAAAUGGUUUGUCACAUACAGAAACUUCAACAAGUGGUCAUAAAAGUUCUCAUAGUGCUGAAAUGGAAAGUGUGAAUGAUUCUUCUAGUGAACAAGAUGUGUGGUCGGUUACUCAGGAAAGGGCACUCAUUCAGGCUCUGAAGACAUUCCCGAAAGAAACUAACCAGCGAUGGGAGCGGGUUGCAGCUGCUGUUCCUGGGAAGACAGUAAACCAAUGUAAGAAGAAGUUUUUGAUCAUGAAGGAGAGCUUCAGGAGUAAAAAGGUGCCGACUAAUUAGAUGAGUAUUGGAGAAUUGAACUCAUGGCUUGGUAAGGAGGUUGUUAUGGUUACUGGAAAGUGGCCUUUUUUUUCUGGUGAUCAACGUUUUUGGUGGGAGCACAUUUUUUGGGAGUUGAAGAGGUUGAUUUUUUGUUAGGUUAUUUCAUAAGCCUUUUUGGAACUUAAAUUACAGGACCGGGAUUUUGCAAAAUUGGAUUUUUUUAGCAUUGGCAGGACUGGGAUUUUGCAAAAUUGGAUUUUUUCAGCAUUGGCAGAACUGAGUUUUGAAGGUGGUACCUCAUGUCAUUAUGUACUCUUGUGGUUUGUGUUAUCUGGUAAUUCAUCCACGGAGUGGACCUGGUAGUGUGACUGGUAUGUGCACAAUGCGGUUUCAUAAUUCAAAGCAUUGUAAGUACAGGUUCAUCUAGUUCUGUGAGCAUCUCAUUUGUUGUACGGGGCGGUUCAAACUCUUUGGAUGUGAGAAACUAUUCUUGACCUAUAUGGUUUUGGGCACAUAUUUUCUUGAUUAUAUUGAACUAAAACUUCUAAACUAUGAAGUUGCUUGUCUAUUUUCA